UACAUGUAUUAUAUUAAGGAAAUCAUUUUGAAGCAAGCAUCAGGUCUGACAGUACUUAUUUUUUUAACAGGGGUACGGGAUUUUGUGUCAAGGUUUUCUUCUUUGCGAGGACGCAUCUUUUGCCAACUUUUUUGCUGGUGUUGGCUCGGGCCCGAAGUUGAUGAUGUUGCUUGGGACUUUUGCAGCGGGGACGUUGGCGUUGCUGGCCGGUCUGGCAGUCGACAUCAGCACAGCUUCUCCUCACGAUCACGGACAUGGCGAUGACUACAGUUAUGAAUGUGCCAACCCUGAAGUGUGCCAGAACGGCGGGACUUGCUUGUUUCAAGUCUUCGACAUCACCUUCUGCGCAUGUCCAGAAACACACGCAGGAAUACACUGUGAAAAUGACAACCACUGUCACAGCGAUCCUUGCCAGAAUGGGGGUAUUUGCGACUAUGACUAUACUACUAAUGGUUAUUACUGCGUGUGCAGGGAAGGAUGGACCGGCCAAAACUGCCAAACGGCGUCUGGGACAACCAGCUGUGCAGAUAUCGAUUGUGAACAUGGCGGGACGUGCUAUCACCACGCCGGGUUCUUUUUCUGUCUUUGUCGGACACGAUACUACGGAUAUCUUUGUGAGGCUAUCGAUGACCACACAUGUAAUGCAGUAACUGCACCCUGCGCCAACGGAGGGACUUGUGUAGACGAUUCAAAUGGAAGAGGUUACUGCUACUGCACUGAUGAAUGGGCUGGAGAUAACUGCACGGAACCGUUCCCCGUGGCAUCUCUAUGCGACCAUUUCUGCGAGAAUGCUGGAUCCUGCUACAUCACCGAGGGACGCGAGCCGGCCUGCCGCUGUGCCCCGGGGUGGAUCGGUGAACACUGCUCCGAUCCCUUCUCGUCAUCUCCAGAUACGCCUGAUAUUUGCGGCACCGCAUGGGAUCCAUGCGGCCACAACGGGCGAUGUACUCCUGAUACCGUCUCUGAGCUUGGUUUCGUCUGUGUGUGCAGUACUGGCUGGGAGGGCGAUUUAUGCCAAGAUCCUAUUGGUGUAGUCCCACACCCCCCAGAUUUCCCUGCACCAUGUGAUGCCCAUCCCAAUCCAUGCAGUUUUAACGGCCGCUGCGUUCCUGAUGCAGACUUUGGUGGUUUCUCCUGUCGGUGCGACCCAGGCUGGCAGGGCGAAUUUUGCCAGGACCGUUCUCCAGGCGCGGUCUCAACCACCACCACACGGGCGGUGACUAUUUGUGACACCAGGCGGAACCUUUGUGGCGAUCACGGGCGGUGUGUGCCUAAUGAUCACGGUGGAUAUAGCUGCAGGUGCGACAGCGGCUGGAUGGGAGUCUACUGCCGCGAUCCUUACCAAAAUCCUCCACCUGCAGACAACGAGGCCCAAUCGUCCGGCCUUCCAAUUGGCGGAAUCGUGGGUGCAUCAGUGGGUAGUCUGGUUCUCUUCUUCGUGAUUUUCGGCGCUGUUUUCAUCCUGAAUAUUGCGAAAGCCGGCAAAAUGCGUCGGUCCAGGCCUCCUCCGCCUGCACCAGCUCCGAUACCCUCGGUCAUCUACGAUCCCGGAGUUCAUGCUGAUUUCCACGGCUCUGUCCAUGGCGUGGCUGAACCGUGGGCCAAAGACGUGCACGGUUCGGACCGGUAUCAGCAGACCAGAAUUCCGCGUCGGUACACUCCCACCCCGAUCCGAGACCACCAUUCCCGGCCGUCCAACUUAGUGCGGAACCCCGGUGCGGGGACCUACGACUACGCUUACGCACCGGGCCCACCAUCUUAUAAGGUGCGGAUGGCAUCAUCUCCACCGCGCGCUCCGCCUCUCAUGCCCAUGCCGGGAGUCGAGCGGGGCCAUGAGUACGAGUACGCGAUUGACAACGCGGCCUACGAACCAUCUCCGAGGAAUCCGUCAGCGUACGCAGCGAGCCCGAAGUCGACCAUGCCGGCUGUCGUGGGUCCCCCACCGGCCUACACCCCGUCCCGUGCCCCGUCCAAGGCGAGGUCCGAGCACACCUAUCAGUCCAUAUCCGAGUACGCUCACCCACCAAGCAGCCCGAGGUCCGAGGCCGGGCCAGCCCCAUCGGUGAAAUCCGUCGGCUCGCAUCAUUCGUCAAAGAAGUAGGAGCUCUUUCUUCUGAAUCUCCAGGCGAUCUUUCGUGAGCGUUGGCGUCGAUUAUUUUUUUGCUGAUAGGGGAGCACAAUUUUUCGAAGUGUUGGUUUGUUUAAUUUCUGAAAUAAAACCAUCAGUUAUAAGCUGUAUAUAUAAAAUGAUUUAUGUAGGCCUAUGCUGCAUGUGCAAAAAGGUUGUAAAUAGCACAUCUUUAUAAAAGUCUUCCUUCAAUUUCACUAAAGGGGGAGGCAAAAUAAAGUGACCGAAUUAGAAACAAAAAAAGUAAAAAAUGUGGCUCGCUCCAUUUCAUAAACAAAGCAUAUGGAUAA